AUGAUAUCGCAUUUGAAAUUAAAACUCGCGCAGACCGAGGAGGACGUCAGCUGUCCAGCGAUAUAUCGUUUGAGGGCGAAGCUGCGCGAACUCAUGAAAGGAGGCCAAACAGCAGAUCAGCAGGUCUCAAAAGUAGUAGAGAGGUCGAUAGAAACGUUGGUGGACCUGUCGAAAAGUUGCGAGGAUCUGCGUGUUGAAAAUGAACGACUCCUGGCCGAAGUGGCUGAGUUACGGCGCGCUUUGGCAGCUCUCGAGGAGAAAGAAAUUCCUGUGGUGACGGAACGAUUGUUACCGCAACAAACGGUCGAAACAACUACGGUUCCGGAGUACGUUGAUAUAUCCGAGUUGUUGGCGAAAUUAGAAGAUUGCGAGAAAGUUGUUUCCGAUUUGAGAAAGAAACUAGAGGAGAAGGAUACGCUUAUCGAUUCGCUAAAUAAAGAACUUGGAAAGAUGAUCGAUCAGCAACAGUUAUUCGACGAAAUUGCUGCCAUGAAAGCGGAACUUCAGAGCAAAAAUGACAAGGUAUCAGACCUCUUGAAUGAUUUGAGGCAGUCGGAAAUAGAUCUGCUCGGUUUGGGAACAUUAAGGUCUGAGAUUGAUAACUUGAAACCACAGUUAUCUAAUCUCGAAGUGGAACGGGACAAACUUUUAGACGAACUAACUGAACUGCGAAAAGCACUGGCCGACAGGAACAAUCAAAUAAUCGACAUACUGCAACAGAAGAAUCAGCUAGAGAAAGUUUACGAUGAUAAGAUUGCGGAAAUGUUAGCUCAAGAGGGACACCUGAACAAACAGAUCGACGAUUUGAAGAUGCAAAUAGCGAACUUGCAGAACGAACUCGACGAGUGCAAUAAGCGAAACGCGAAUCUCGAAGAGUGUUGCUCGGACAGAGACGAUCUUUCGAAAAAAUUGCAAGCCAUGGAGGAAGAGAUGACGUCCCUGAGGAACGAGCUCGCAACGGCGAAAGCCACGAUAGAAAAUCUCGAAGCAGAAAUGGGCGCUCUGAGGGAGGACAAGGAGAAAUUGUUGAAAGAAUUAAACGAUACCAAGGAACAAGUCGUGGCGCUGACCGGUCAACUGGCGGAAGCGACAGCGGCCAAGGACGCUUUACAGAAGGAGCUAGAAAAUAACUUGGACGAGAUGGAAAAGCUACGGAAGGAGAAUUUGGAACUGAAGGAUCAGCUCGAUAGCGCGAGAGAAGAAAACAGGAAGCUCCAAGAGGCGGCGGAAGCGUUGAAGAACAUGGUCGAGGAGAACGAAAAGUUGAAAGCGGCGCUCGAGGAUUUGAAGAGGGAAAACAAGGAAUUGGCGGACGAGAUCGCGAAGCUGAACGAUUUAAAUAACGUCUUGAAGAGCGAUUACGCAAACAUGAAACAGGCGUUGGAUAAUCUGGAGGCAGAGGUCAAUAGACUCGAGGAACAAUUAAAUAAGACGAUGCAGGAGCGCGAUGCGCUGCUGGAAGAAAACGGCAACAUCAAGAAACAGCUGGAAGACGCGACAGCGGAGAACGAAGAUUUGAAAGCCGAAUUGAAUAACAUCGGUGAACAGUUCGAUAAAUUGACAUCGGAGAGGGAUCAGCUAAAAAAGGAUCUUGAUGCGAUGAAGGUCGAGAAUGAUUCGCUGAAAGGGGAUAUAGAGGCGUUCAAAAGAGACAUUGAAAACGCGAAGAACGAAGCGGACAAGCUGAGAGCCGAUGCUGAUGCGUUAAGAGCAGCGGAUGAGAACGUGAAAUCCGAAAUGGAAGCACUGGAGGCGCAAGUGGAAAAUCUGAAAACCGAGAAAAGUCGUUUGGAGAACGAGAACGCGAAUUUGAAAGCGAAAAAUAUAGAGCUGGAACAGAAACUCGACGACUACGCGAAAGAAGUUGAGAAAAUGAAAUUAGAAAAUGAUCGACUGCUCGCUGAAUUGGAACGUCUGAACGCAGAAUUGGAGCGUUUGAAUGGCGAAUUGGCGAAAAGUAAGAACGAAAUGGAAGGAUUAAAAUCGGAAAUGGCUGCUUUGAAGGAAGCCAUCGACAAGUGCGUGGACGAGAUGGAGAAACUGAAAACCGAAAACAACGAUCUUAGAUCGAAGAACGACGCCCUCGAGGCAGAAAAUGAAAAACGUAAAGCCGAAAUCGAUAAAAAGGAUAGUUUGCUCGACGAAUUAAGUAAGUUGAAGCAGGAACAGACUGCUUUGCAGAACGAGAGGGAUCAAUUGAGCAAACAGCUGGACGAUUACAUCGCUGAUAACGAAAAGCUGAGGACAGAGAAGAGUCAGUUGGAGGCAGAGAAUGAGAAGCUGAGAGGUGAGGUAAACACGUGCAGGGAAGAGAACCAGAAACUGAAAGCUGAGAUUGAACAAUUGCAAAGUCAAUUGAAAUCGUUGAACGACGAAUUAAACAAGCUGAAGCCUCAGCUCGACGACGCCAAGAAUAAAAUUCGGUCCCUCGAGGACCAGUUGACUCGUUUACAAGGCGAAAAUGAUAGAUUGGUAAACGAUUUGAAAGCUCUGGAAAGCGAAGUGAACGACUUGAAGUCGAAACUAGCGGAGGAGACGAGCGCCAACCAAAAAAUGAGGGACGACUUAGCGAUGUUGGAGGACAAGCUACAGAAUUUAAGCGCGGAACUCGACAAGGCCAGGGCUGAAAAUAACGCUUUGAAGGAGGAGAAUAAAAGCCUUCGAGGCGAGAUGUUGGACCAGGAACAAAUGUUAUCGAGCUUGAAAGCAGAGGACGCUGACAUGAAAUCCGAGAUCGCCAAUUUAAAGAAGUUAAUUGCCGAUUUGCAAGCACAGAUUGCCAAGUUGGAGGCUGACGUCGAACAUUGGAAAUUGGAGAACUGUAAGGUUCAGAUGGAACUGGAUAAAUUAAAGGCUGACCUCGAGAAAGCGUUGAAAGAUUUAAGCGAAUGCCAGACAUUGAAGAAGGCUUGCGAAGAAAAGUUAAAUCAACUUCAGAACGAAAAAGCCGACCUUGAUAAGAAGCUUGCCGAUUUGACGUCGCAAAUUGAGCAGCAAAAGAAAGAUCUCGAAGCGAUAAAGUCAACGAAAGAUAAAGACGAUGCAGAACUAUUGGCGUUGAAGGCAGAGCUCGAAGCACUGAAGAAAGAAUUAGAGAACCUCAGAGCAGAGAAUAACAAGUGCAAGAACAACGUAGACGAUUUGACGAGGCAGCUCUCAGCGCUGAAGAGCGACCUCGAUGCGUGCAGAGAAGAAGUCUCUGCGCUGAGAGAUCAUAACGAUAAAUUGAAGGCUGAAGUAAACGCGUUGACCGUCGAGAAGAACAAUCUGAAAGAUGAACGCGAUAAGCUGCAGUCCGAAGUAGACGCUCUGAAAGCGGAGAACGCGAGUCUCGAUCAGGGUCGAAAGAGAUUAGAAGAAGAGUCUAACAAAUUGAGGGGCGAAGGUGACGGGCAGAGACUGGAGAUCGAUAAAUUGAAGUCGGAUCUAGCUGCAGAGAAGGCAGCGUCCGACAAGCUACAGUCAGACUUACGGAAUUGCCAAUCAGAAAAUGACAAAUUGCAAGAGCAGUUAAGCAAAAUGAAGCAAGACCUAGAGAGGCUCAACGAGGAGAGUGGUCGGUUGAACAAAGAGAUCGAAGAAUUAAAAAAGGCUCUCGCAGCUGCUGAAGCUACGGCGAAGACGUUGGAAGGUCAACUCUCAGAUUUACAAGCUGAGAAACAAGAAUUACUGAACGAGCUCUACCGUCUUCGCGACGAGUUGGGCAAUCUUAGGGAAGAAAUGGAAAAACAGACAGCCGCGAGAGACGCGGCCGUGAAAGAGUUGGCCGAGUUGAAGCAGGAACUGGACGAUUUAAUAGAAGCGUUGAACAAAGUUCGCGCUGAAAAUCAAGCAUUGCAAAACGAAAACGAGAAGCUGAGAACAGACAUAGCGAAAAUGAACGAUGAACUGGAAACGUUGAGAAACGAGAACGCGAGAAUGACAACGGACUUAGCUACGAUGAAAAACAAACUAACGGAGGCAGAAGGUCGGAUCAACGAUCUGAAGAACGAGAGUGAUAAUUUGAAAAAGAAGAUUGCCGAUCUUGAGAAUACAGUGAAGGAGUUGGAAGCUUUGAAGAAACAAUUAGAAGAUUGUAGGGCAGAGGUGGCCAGAUUGAUUUCGGAGUUAGAUAAAUUGAAGUCGGAGAAAGAAAGGCUGCAGAACGAGCUGGACAACGCGGGAAAUGAGUUGAACAGCUUAAAAGAUGAUUUGGAAAAGUUGAAAACAGCGAACGAUACGUUGAAGGCCGAUCUGGAGAAGCUGAAGACAGCCAAUGAUACGUUAAAGGGCGAUUUGGAAAAGCUGAAGACCGCCAACGAUAAAUUGAAGAAUGAGAAGGACAAACAGAACGACUAUGAUGCGACGUUGAAGGCUGACAUAGAGAAAAUGAAGAAAGAAAACGAUGAGCUCAGAUCUGAGAAUGCCAGGUUGAAAAGCGAGCUGCAAAAUUGCCGCGAAGAAAAUGAGAAGUUGCGUGGAGAAUUGGAAAACCUGAAGGAUGAACAUGCCACGCUAAAAGCACAUUCAGAGCGCAAAUUGGAGAUGAAGGAGACGGAAAUGGACAAAGACAUUGUGGACGAUUGCGGUGACUUCAUUAAGACAAACGAUUUUCUGAAGACGAAAUUUGAAAAACAGAACGAAGGCAUACAACGUGUACGAGAUUAUAUCAGUUAUUUGGAAGGUAAAGUUAAAGAUGAACCCAAAAUGGCAGAAAAGAUGGACGACGAUGUGAGCAUCGAUCCGAAAAUGAAACAAGACAUAGCAGAUUUGUUGAAUAAAUCGAAAACAUUGUCCGAAAAUAUUUAUCGAACAGAACAGGAAAUACAAAAUAUUGCUAAGAUAUUGAAACAAUUUCAGGAUGCAGGCCUUGGCGAGAGACCCACAAUAGCUUUCGAUGCUGAUUCUUGGCUGAAUUCAUUGACGUUGACGCAGUUGGCGGAUCUUCACGAUAAGAUUUGCCUACUGACAUCGGAUAUGGUGCAACAAGACUCUCCAAAGGCUGUCAGCUGCGGCACGGGUAGUCCAUUAAAAGUGGAUUGCUACAAUACUUUGAAUCAAAGGAUAGCAGCGUUGCAGAAGCAGAUAGCGGAGAAACAAAUAGAAGCAGGAUGGAGGCUGCAAGAACUGAGACGAGCUCUUCGGCAGGAACAAAAUAAUCUCAUUUUAAUCUCUGAUCAAAUGAAUUUAGAGAGAAAACGCAAUUUGGAUAUUCAGUUAAGAAUGGACGAUGCACCUUAA